AUGACGCAAAACGAAGGCAAGUCGUGCAACCGAUCUCAACGUCAAUUAAUGAAGCUAAAAUACAGCAAAGGACCUCAACCCGUGCCAUCAGGACUGCUCAUUCCUGUAUUUACCGGUGCGCAAAAGGUGACCUCCAGCUAUCAGCGACGAACUCAGCUCCAAUAUGCAUUUCUCAUUGCUCUGGCUGUGACCGGCUUUUACAAAUUCGAAGACCCUCAAAUCCGAGUUGCUGGACUCAGCUGCGCUUUCCCAGGAGCCGGCUUCCUUGCCGUCGGCGGUAUAUGGGGCGCUUUUGGGGUUAUUAUUUCUGUUGCCCUGAUUCCACUCUCACUAUUCGCCUGGUUCGGAGCAGGUGGGCUUGCAUUCGUUCUAGCAAAUUGGAUUAUCCCUGGCCUCGUUGCGACAGCAGUCACUGGUGAUGGGCUUUGGGAACCAGCAGCCCCAAUAGUAUUCACAUUUGUUGCUGGAGUAGCAGCUUAUGGUAUUAUUGCCGGUCGCUCGCGACAUUAUAAGGCCCUGGGCAUGCGAGAGAGCCGAAAUGGUCUCCUCCUGGAUGCAGAAUCGAAAUGGAGUGCGCGCGUUCAGUCUCUGCCAGACCCCGAUGAGAAACGCGAGCUGUCUAUCGAGGAACUUAGAAUGCUGCAACAUUUUGUCGAGGUGGCUCAUCAGGCUCCUGACGACUGGUCCAACUUUACAGUUAUUGAUCAGUUCCAGACUUCAGCACUGAGAUACCAGCUUUACUUCCUGCAAUACACCCUGGCAGUGGUGCAGAAAUACUAUAUGCCCAGCUUCCAGGGAUACAUCAAAACAGGCCAGGAAAGGUUGAUCGAGAGGAGCACCACGAAAGAUGUCAUGAAUUACUGGAAGUGGGAGUCUUUAUGGGGAAAGUUCACUUUCGACUGGGAUCCAGUGGUCCGCGAUAAUAUCAUGGUGACGGGCUACAUUGUGCUCUGCCUGUCUCUUUAUGAGAAACUCAAUGGCGAUGAUCGGUACCGUCAACCAAAUGCCCUUAACUUCCGAAUCACAGACAAAGCGAACUACCAUCACACCACGGAGAGCAUCUUUGAUGCACUGAUGAAAAAUUGGGAGAGUUGCUCGUACUGUCUCUUUCCCUGUGAGCCAAACUGGAUUUAUUCCUCAUGUAACUUGAUUGGCAUGGAAGGCGCCCUUGCCUAUGACUCGUAUAUGAAAACUGGCAGGGCCGCAAAACUCCUCCAUAAUCGGUUCCAACAAGGUCUCCAGGAAGACUUUAUGAAUCCAGAUGGGAGCAUUGUCGCCCUGAGAUCUGCGAUCAGUGUACUCGGUGACGUUUCAGGCGCGUUUGACUGCUCUCCGGGGAUGCCAGAAGUCGGGCGUCGACUAUGGCUGCUGUCGAAAGAAAGUAAUAUUCAAAAGGCCAAAACUGGAAAAUACUAUCUUGAAAACCUUGACCAGGGCCCGCGCCAAAUUGAUAACAAGUAUUUAGUGGGUGCCGAUAAGAUGGAUGUAGGCAAUUACCAGGCAGGCCCUGGCUUCGCACACUGUGCCUAUAGCAACUGCGCCACUGAGUUUGGCGAGUCCGACAUUGCUCAUGAUCUCAUUGCUGAAGUUGACGAGAAGCUACAUCCCCUCGUUGAGACCUCGGCCAAAAGUGGUGCCCUUACGAAUCGUGGCCUAUCCUUGCUCGCUACGACUUUUCUCUUCCGCGCCCGUAUUGGGAGGAGGAAGGACUGGGCUAAUCUGCUCACCGGUCCUGUCGAUGAGCAGGUUCGUGCAGCACCCAAGCUGGACAGUGUUCCCUUCCCAGAAGUCAUGGUGGCGCGUUGUCAUCCCGUGCGUGGUCCGGAGGGUAUACGCGUGGAAUUUCUUCUCCGGGGCCCAAAGAAGCCCAAGAAUAUAACGAUUGCCUUUACCGACCUACAGGAAGGUGUUGCGUAUCAUCUUGCUGCAUUAAAUAAUAAUCAAUGGGAGGAGGGUGUCACCGGCAUCAAGGCGGAUGGCAACGGCCGGGCCUACAUGCAGAUAGUGGUGGGAGAUCGAAGCGAGUUUGUCUUGAGGACUUGAGCUGCUCAUUGCACAAGUAUAACCAGUGUAUAUAUAGCAGCUCUCUAUAUUCUAUCUAGGUGUGAAAGCCAGUGAAUAGACUUCAGUCUCGUACUCAUUAUUGGGCCUUCGACCUGACCCGACGCGCUCUGAAUGGCAUCCAAUCGCAGCCGGAAAGUCCACCUUGUUCCCCCGAGGCAUAUAGCAUAACUAUAUAAAUCGCCCUUUCGUAGCCGAUUUG